AGAAGACACAUUUAAACAUGUAAAAUGUCAAAAUUUGUUUUACUAUACUAAUUUAUGAAUAAAUCCCUAAAAUUAUUAACAAAAAAAUGGAUAAAAGCGGAAUUUCCUCAGUAAAUAACUCCCAGUACGAUUUGUAUUUACAAGAAAUAGAAGGAAUCGACGAUUAUUGGGGCCCCACAUUCAGAGCCAUAUUCGAUAAUAACCAAGAAUUGGAAUUCGAGAAGAAACUAAACGAAAGGAUAAAACACCACGAUAAGGACAUCGAACGAUUGUGCAACGUUUAUUAUCAAGGAUUCAUCGAAUCCGUCAAAGAACUACUCGAAGUCAGAUCUCAAGCGAACAAACUCAAUAGUCAAGUCGUGAGUUUGGAUAAGCAAGUGCACGAUGCGGCCGGGGGAAUCACAAAAUCCUCAUCGGAUUUACUUCAAGCCAGGAAAGUUCAAAACAACAUUGCCUCCGUCAUAGCCCAAUUGAAUUUGUGCCUUCCAGUCUUUAUUAUUUACUCCAAAUUGCAGAAACAAAUAGCCGAUAAACGAUACUACCCAGCUUUAAAGACUUUAGAAGAACUGGAGCAUUUGCAUUUACCCCACGUAGCGAAUUAUAGGUUUUCGAAACAAUUACAGGAGAAUAUACCAAAAUAUAGAGAGAAGAUCGAAGGCGCUUCGAUGUCGGAUUUGAAAGACUUUUUGGAAAACAUAAGGAAAUUUUCGCCGAAAAUCGGCGAGGUGGCCAUGAGACACACCAACGAACAAAUCGCCAGCGAUCCCACCGUAGUGGGUAGAAAGAAGAAACGAAACGCCCCGCAGCCCCCGGGCCAUUUCUCGGACGAAGAUCGAAGCGCCCAGGAAUUGAUAGAUUUCUCACCCAUAUACAGGGGAUUGCACAUAGCCCACGUGUUGGGCAGAUCCUCCACGUUCGAGGCCUACUACAGAACCGAACGAACCAAACAAGUCCGAUUGGUCCUACAGCCACCUUCUAAUAUGCACGAGUCCGAGGAGAGUUAUAGAAUUUACAUUUACGCCGUGUUGGGGUUCUUUAUAUUGGAAGAUCAUGUACUGAAUACCGGCAGAGGAUUGAUAACGAGGACUUUUUUGGACGAAAUGUGGUCGAUGGCGCUUUCGAAAGUCGUUACGGCUCUUCAAACGAACACGGCUUAUUGUACGGACGCCUCGUUGAUUUUGCGCAUAAAAGACCUGAUAAUGUUGUUUUGUACGACUUUAAGGAACUACGGUUAUUCAGUGAAGCCCCUGUGGGAGCUCGUAAGAGAACUGAGAGACCAUUACACGGAGGUGCUGAUGCAGAGAUGGGUGCAGGUGUUCCGUAAAAUCCUCGCCGACGAAGACUUUCGACCGAUCGAAGUGAACAAUCAAGAAGAGUUGAAUGAAGUGUUGCUGUCGUUCCCUUGGGAAGGGGACCUUCCCGACGACAUUCGGUAUCCUUACGUGUUCCCGUUUUCCAGUAUGGUGCCGAAAAUAUACAGGGAGGUGAAAGAGUUCAUAUACGCUUGCAUUAAAUUCUCCGAAGACUUGAAUCUCAGUCAAGUGGAAGUCGACGAAAUGAUAAGGAAAUCGAUGAAUUUGCUAUUAACGAGAACCUUCAACGGUUGCCUAACGUCCACUCUGAGAAGUCCUCACGUUAAUUUGCAAGAAAUCAUACAGAUCAUCAUAGAUACAGGGUAUUUGGAAGAGGCCAACAUUUAUCUGGAUCAGUUUAUAUCUAAUAUCACCGGCGAGGAAACUCGAAGCGUGACUUCGUCUCUAACGCACGGACAAUCCGCGUUGUUUUCGGUAUCCCGAGAGGACGCCGUUCGGCAGAUUUGCGAGAAACUCAAGCAGAAAUUGGACGAAUUUUUCGAAUUGGAAAACUACGAUUGGUUGCUGGUCGAGCCCAAUGGACACGCUUCCGUUUACAUAUCGGAUAUCAUAGCCUUUUUACACGCCACAUUCCAAAGUUUCACCAAUAUUCCGCAAGAAGCCGCCCAAAUGGCCUGCAAAUCGGCCUGCGAUCACAUAGCAAAAUCGCUGUUGGCCAUGCUGGUAAACGAAGAAAUCAAGCAAAUUUCCAUGGGCGCCUUGAAUCAAUUGAAUUUGGAUUUGUUGCAGUGCGAACAAUUCGCCGCUUCCGAACCGGUGGAAGGUCUACAAGAAGGUAUUUUACUCACGUACUUCGAACAUUUAAGGGAGAUAUUAGAUUUGUUCAUAUCCUGGGACUGGCCUACGUACUUUCACGACUACGCCCAGGAAACCAACAAAUACAAGAAAGUCACGCCCGAAGUGGCCAUCGUUAUAUUAGAGAAAUUGAAAGAGGGCGACAAGAAAACGAUGUUUACCGUGUUAAAGAAGAGCGAGAGAGAUAAGAAGAAACUGUUGGAGACAGUGCUGAAGCAGCUGAGGCAAUUGGCUCAGAUUCCUGCGGGUAAAUGAGGUAAUUACGGGAUGAAAAAUUCAUCGAAUCCGAAAGUUUCUUUGUUACACUGUUGAGAAGUAAUCGCACUAUCAUUGUUUAUGUAGAUUUAAACAUUAUCUACUAUAAAAACGGCGUUUUAUUGCACCGAAAAUCUACCUAAUUAAAAAUUAUUGUACUAUGUGGAAUGUUUGGA